AUGUGGUCAUGGUUUGGCGGUGCUGGCGCUCAGAAGCGGAAAGAUGCGCCCAAAAACGCCAUUCUACUACUGCGGGAGCAGCUGGAUAUGCUGCAAAAGCGAGAAAAAUACUUGGAGAGCCAGAUCUCAGAUCAGGAGGCUGCGGCACGGAAGCAUGUGAACACAAAUAAAAACGCCGCCAAGGCCGCGCUCCGACGGAAGAAGAUGCACGAGAAGAACCUCGAGCAAACAACGGCCCAGAUCGUGCAGCUGGAGCAACAGAUCUACUCGAUUGAAACAGCCAACAUCAACCACGAGACCCUGCAGGCCAUGAAGCAGGCCGGCCAGGCGAUGCAGCAGAUCCAUGGAGGAAUGAGCAUCGAAAAAGUCGACGAAACGAUGGAAACACUCCGAGAACAGCACGCGCUUGGCGAGGAAAUUGGCCAGGCGAUUACCAGUGUCCCGCUGGGCGAACAGCCCGACGAGGACGAGCUGGAGGAAGAGCUGGAGGGCCUGGAGCAGGCCGCCAUGGACGAGCGCAUGCUCGAUACGGGAACGGUGCCGGUGAACGCGCAACUAAACCAAUUACCGGCUGCCGGGCGUACAGAACUCCAACCCAACAAGCCAAAGCAAGCCGAGGAAGACGACGAGGAAGCCGAGCUGGCCAAGUUGCGUGCGGAGAUGGCUAUGUGA